GCCGUCCACAUUGAAGCAGGGGUUGAGCCUUUACAGUACUAGUAGUUACUGUAGUAAAUAUGCCCCCCACCCACCCCAAAGCCGCUUCGCAUUCGGGCUUCUCCACCACCGAUAUCGCCCUGACCAACACCCUGACUAGAAUCUGGACAAGGGUCGCCCAGGCACUAGCGAGGUUCAUCAACUUUCGUGCCAGCAGUGCACAAAAGUUUUCGUUAUCUGAAGUUUCAACUUUACUCCGUGCGACAUUGUCACGCAGAGCAGAUCUUGAAUAUGGGCGCAACACAAUCGACUUUGCAGAGCCAUGUCCUAUCGACUUCUAGGGGUAAACUGAAGGGGGUCAAAUACGUUGAUGAGAAUGGGAGAACACUGUGCUAUCGAUAUGCAAAGGUUCCAUACGCAUUGCCGCCUGUCGGGCCCUUUCGAUGGAGACGUCCCCGAGCUCUGCCUGAUGAUUUCUCGUUCAACAAUGCGUCUGGUGAUCCGGGCGAUUAUACUCGCUUCGGGCCUGUGUGUCCGCAGCCCACACACAUGUUUAAUUUUGACAAGGCAAUGGUUGCCAAUCCUCCAGGUGAGCCGAGUGAUGAAGAUGUUCAAGAUGAAGACUGCCUCUAUCUCAACAUCUGGGUUCCUGCUCAGACAGCGCCCAGUCAUGGUUGGCCGGUGCAGAUUCAUAUCCAUGGGGGUUGGCUUCAAGUGGGAAGCGCGUGUCAAUCCAGCGACCACGAUCCUUGCGACCUUUUAGCAGAUUCCACACCCCGAAUCAUUGUCUCACCUACCCACAGACUUGGUGUUUUCGGAUUUCUAGGUGGCGAAGAUCUUGUAGGGCUUGGGGAAGACCUCAGCGCUUCGAAUUACGGGCUCUGGGAUCAACGUUGCGCUAUAGAAUGGGUGGCCAAACAUAUCUCAUUGUUUGGCGGCGAUCCACACAAUCUAACUGUGGGAGGACAAUCUGCAGGCGCAUAUUCGGCAUUUUUUCAGCUCUACUAUGAUGCUUUCCGCCCAGCAUCAGAACGUCUCAUCCGGCGUGCGUACCUAUGGUCUAACGCUGUUGCCGUCCAACCCAAUCCCGUGGAUUCUCCAGCGCUUACAGCGCAGUUCGACGACCUAUGUGGUGUUUUGAAUGUCUCAACGACGGCAACGCAAGCGCAGAAGUUGUCUUCGCUGCGCGCUGUCACAUCGGCAGACAUUGUUUCAUCACUCCACAAAAUGAAGCUCUACACAUUCCGGGCGUCAACGGAUAAGGCCUUCAUCUCGCCUACUCUUAUUUCGUCCGUCCUCUCGGGAGAAUUUGCCACGCGCCUGGCCAGGAAUGGCACGCGGCUGCUUCUUUGCGAGGUCGAGCAUGAAGACAGAUUUUACAGGCUGAACAAUCCGCCCAAGUCAUAUGCCGCAUUUCUCCAAGGCCUCCGCAAUUACUAUCCUGAAGCCGUUGUCAACGCACUGGUGUCACACUAUUCAAUGCCAGUGGACCAGAAUGACGCAGAGACUUGGGCAGACUUAUUUGGCACUAUGAUAUCCGAUGCCCAAGUGCACGCCUCACAGCGUGGCUUGACACAUGCUUUGCUACAUCCCAAUAUUGCAGUGCCUGGUAUAGAAGCUUUCCCGGCCGCAAAUCUGUUGAGGUUCCGCAUACAAUGGCGUGCCAAGUGUGUUGAUGACUGGGUUCAUCCUCAUCUCGGCACAUGCCACGUGCUGGAUGCUCCAAUCUGUGGGCAAGCGGUUGGCGUGCAGGCUUCACUGAGCAAGACAAGGAGUCAACUUUGAGGUUCAUCGAGAUCUUUGGGCAAUGGUUGUCCGGACAUGAUGUAGCACAGCCAGGAUCCCAGGGAGAGAGGUCCUUGACCUUGCUGGACAAAUCCGGAGCGAUAUGUUGGAACCAAAGUGACGACCACUGGGAAAGAGAAUUAGAGGUCUGGAACGUUAUACAGGCAGCCCAGCAGGU